AUGCAGCACCUACUAGGGGGGCUUAAACCCAGUGGGGGGAAAGCUGCACAUGUAGGGAAGGCAUUUCUGCACAGGCAGCAGCGGAACAAAACCUUCGACGAGAGAGAACGGUCCUUCUUCGACCAGAUGCACAGCGAAUGGUGGAAUGAUAAACGGAAAGACAAGCGAACAUGGUGUGACGUACUUUGCAAAGUUGCAGGGGCAAACACCUACAGCCUUCACGACUAUAACAAGCACAGGUUCAACUUUAUCUGCAAGAAUUAUGAAUUCCUUUUUUUCGAGAAAAUGAAAGAAGGGGGGAAAGGGGAAAAUGAAAAAAAGGAAGACAUUACGAUAAAUGUUCUGGAUGUGGGUUGUGGCGGAGGGAUACUAUGCGAAUACAUGCGGAAGAACUUUUCCUAUUUUUUUCUCAAGAGUGAUAUAACAGGACGAGGUUCAGGGUGCAGUUACGUGCCCGGGAGGAAGGUUCAUAUAAACAUCGACGGGAUUGAUGUGUCCAGUAAGCUGAUAGAUGUGGCACGCAGGAGACAGCAGGCCGAGGGGGCAGACUACACAGGGAUGAGUCAUUCCCCCGAGGAAGUUCCUCCACAUAUAGGCAACAGAACAGGACACAUGAACCACAGGUCAUCCGAUCAAGAAUCGAACUGGAAGAAUAGCCAAACAGAGAACACCCCAUGGAACAGCUCAGAUGUGCACAUAAAACAGAGGUACUAUAACUGUGACAUAACUGACCUAACAGAGUGGAGUAAGAAGGAGGGAAAAAAAUAUAACGUCAUCGUUUCGUCCGAAGUGAUUGAGCAUGUGCCUAAUGGGAAGAAGGAGGAGUACGUUAGGUGCAUUAGUCAGUUAUGUUCCCCCGAAGCUCUGGUUGUCUUUACAACGAUCGACAAGAAUUUGCUCUCCUAUUUUUACUCUAUUGUGCUGGCUGAGUAUGUCACCGGGAUGGUGAAAAAGGGCACACACCACUACGACCAGUUUAUCGGAUCAGACGAGCUGAGUGAGCUCUGCGCCCUUUUCGAUUUACAGAACGUGAGCACGGAACAUGCGGUAUACAUCCCCUUUGUACGAGAUUACUUUCGCACUCGUUGGCUGAAGUUGCUUUAUUUGUCCGCCUUCGUUUAUCGGGGGGGAGCCACGGAAUGCUGA